AUUUGCUGCACAGUGGGCAGGCGAGCGGCGGACGACGGACGGAAGUGGGUGUGCCCGAGACGGUGGCCGAGGAGGACCGCUCCGGAAAGGGCCGAUGGAGUGAGGGGCGCAGACCGGCGGGGAUCGGGAAUUUCCGAGGCCGGUCCAUCUCGGAGCGGCAAUGAUUCCCCCACAGGAGGCGUCCGUGCGGCGGCGGGAGAUAGAGGACAAAUUGAAGCAGGAGGAGGAGACGCUCUCCUUCAUCCGAGACAGCCUGGAGAAGAGCGACCAGCUCACCAAGAACAUGGUUUCAAUCCUAUCAUCUUUUGAGAGCCGGCUUAUGAAGCUAGAGAACUCCAUCAUCCCUGUGCAUAAGCAAACAGAGAACCUACAGCGAUUACAAGAGAAUGUGGAGAAGACUUUGUCCUGUCUAGACCAUGUCAUCAGCUAUUACCAUGUGGCCAGUGACACGGAGAAGAUAAUUAGGGAAGGCCCCACAGGAAGGCUUGAGGAGUACCUGGGAUGCAUGGCCAAAAUCCAGAAGGCAGUGGAGUACUUUCAGGACAACAACCCUGACAGCCCAGAGCUGAACCGUGUGAAGUUCCUUUUUGAGCGUGGAAAAGAGUCCCUGGAGUCCGAGUUCCGAAGUUUGAUGACUCGGCACAGUAAGGUCAUCUCUCCAGUGCUCAUUCUGGACCUGAUCAGUGGGGAAGAUGACAUGGAGGCUCAGGAAGACAUGACCUUGGAGCAUCUCUCUGAGAGUGUGCUCCAUGACGUGAUUCGAAUUUCCCGCUGGCUGGUGGAGUAUGGAAGGAACCAGGAUUUCAUGAAUGUUUACUAUCAGAUCCGUUCCAGUCAGCUGGACCGCUCAAUCAAGGGCCUGAAAGAGCACUUUCGGAAAAGCAGCUCCUCUUCUGGUGUUCCCUACUCCCCUGCUAUUCCCAAUAAGAGGAAAGACACACCCACCAAAAAACCGGUCAAAAGGCCAGGGACGAUUCGUAAGGCUCAGAACCUUCUGAAACAGUAUUCUCAGCAUGGUCUAGAUGGGAAAAAGGGGGGUUCUAACCUCAUUCCUCUGGAAGGUCACGAGCAUGAUUUCCGAGUUAAGCAUCUGUCCGAGGCCCUGAACGACAAGCACGGGCCACUGGCCGGGAGGGAUGAUAUGCUGGAUAUGGAAAUUGAUGCCUACAUCCACUGCGUCAGUGCCUUUGUCAAGUUGGCACAGAGCGAGUACCAGCUGCUGACGGAUAUCAUCCCUGAGCACCAUCAAAAAAAGACCUUUGACUCCCUUAUCCAGGAUGCAUUGGAUGGACUGAUGAUGGAGGGGGAGAACAUUGUGUCAGUUGCCCGGAAGGCUAUUAUCCGACAUGACUACUCAGCUGUGCUCACGGUCUUCCCCAUCCUACGGCACCUCAAGCAAACCAAGCCCGAGUUUGACCAAGUACUUCAGGGCACCGCUGCCAGCACCAAGAACAAGCUGCCAGGACUCAUUACUUCAAUGGAGACCACUGGUGCCAAAGCCCUGGAGGACUUUGCUGAUAACAUCAAGAAUGACCCAGACAAGGAGUACAAUAUGCCCAAGGAUGGCACUGUGCACGAGCUCACAAGCAAUGCCAUCCUCUUCCUUCAGCAGCUUCUAGACUUCCAGGAAACAGCUGGUGCCAUGCUAGCCUCACAAGUCCUUGGGGACACAUACAAUAUUCCUUUAGACCCCCGAGAGACAAGUUCCUCUGCCACCAGCUAUAACUCUGAAUUCAGCAAGCGACUGCUAAGCACCUAUAUCUGUAAAGUUCUUGGUAACCUGCAGCUGAACCUGCUCAGCAAGUCCAAGGUGUAUGAGGACCCAGCUCUAAGGGCCAUUUUCCUGCACAAUAACUACAACUACAUCCUCAAGUCCCUGGAGAAGUCUGAACUCAUCCACCUGGUGGCAGUGACCCAGAAGACAGCUGAGCGCUCAUAUCGCGAUCACAUUGAACAGCAGAUCCAGACGUACCAGCGCAGCUGGCUAAAGGUAACUGACUACAUUUCUGAAAAGAACUUACCUGUAUUCCAACCAGGAGUCAAGCUCCGGGACAAGGAACGUCAGAUGAUCAAGGAGCGCUUUAAGGGCUUCAAUGAUGGCCUUGAGGAGCUCUGCAAGAUCCAGAAGGCCUGGGCCAUCCCGGACACUGAGCAGAGGGACAAGAUCCGCCAGGCUCAAAAACACAUUGUCAAGGAGAACUAUGGGGCCUUCCUGCACAGGUAUGCCAGCGUACCCUUCACCAAGAAUCCUGAGAAGUACAUCAAGUACCGCGUGGAGCAGGUGGAAGAUAUGAUCGAGCGCCUGUUUGACACAUCAGCCUGAUUCUGCCCCAUGACUCUGGCAUCUCCAUGGCCCCCAGCAGGCCUUAUCCCAUUUAUCAGACAGAUAAACCAGGGUUCACACUGCUC